CAGAAAGAGAUGCAGAGGUAACCCUUGGAGAGAAGGAGAGAUGGAAGAGGGCAUCCAUCGAAUAAUCGCUGAGCUUGAAGCCGACCACAAUGGAAACGAUCCAGCCUCAGCAACUUGCAUUUCGGAGUCGACCCUUUUAGAGUUACAAGCACUGUUCGAUAACACUAAUACCCUCGAUGCCGACGGUGACGUCUCCGACGACAUCGAUUACAUAUGGGAAGCUUUGGCCUCGAAGAACAUAUCUCCAACCGUGCUCGUCCGCCAGAUCACCACUGCCAUGGAUUCUGGUCCCAUUCACCUAACCCUAUUAGCUUCCCAAGUGUAUCUAUUUAUCCUCCUCUCCCCGAAUUCCCCCGUUUUCACUCUCUUCUCACCUAUCGCUUUCAUUUCGCUCCUCCGAUCCAUCAGACGGUCUCUCAAGCAGCAACAAUCCGGCUCCCCACCUAUAGCGGCAGCUGACGAUGGCCGUGGUGGAGCACGUAAGGUCGGUAGAAAAAGAAAGGGCCGUGUGCAGGGGGAGGCUUCUCACAACAUGAGCAUGGCUAAUGAUUAUGCCGCCGGUGGUGAUGAUGAGAAUAACGAGAAUGUCCAGAAUCGUUUGUUCGCUGUUCUUGAAAAAUUGGAAUCUGUUAUGGGUCGAAUUCACUUGGAUCGAUUCCCAGAGAGUCUGAAAUCUUUAAUUCAGACUGUUGCCCAAAUUCCAGUAAUGGCACUUGAAUCGUACCAGAGUUCGGCAAACUAUAACAGGUUAACUAAUAUCUGUUUCCGGAUAUUGAAUGCAGUGUUAAAGCCUGAACACGGUGAUCAGACCACCGCAGCAGUUGAAGUGCUGAAAUCACUGUCCCCGGCGAUUCUUCUCUUGAAGUCACAGGCCCGAACAUCAGCAAUGAAUUUUGUAACGCAUCAGAUGAUGACCUUGGCAAAGGGGUCUGAUGCUGUCAGGAAAGCAGUUAUAUAUCUCCCAAGGUACCUGGUUCAGAAGGCACCGGAGAAGUCUGAACCCCGUGCAUGUGCCGUGGAAUCAAUCAUGGACAUAGUUCGAGCAAUGGAAUAUGAGGACCAAAUUGGUUUUGCAGAUUAUGUGGUGAAGAUGACUCAGGGCAAGUCCCAACUCAGACUGCUGGCAGUCGAUCUUAUCCCCAUUUUAUUAAUGUCUCUGAGUGAUCCACUAGGGGAAAAUGCAGGUGAGGGAGUCCGUGAUCUGUGGGGUUUGAAGUGUAUGGAGGCUUUGAUUCAGCGUUGUUCUGAUGCAGUCCCAGGUAUCCGAGCACGGGCUUUGACCAACUUGGCACAGGUGGUGGGAUUCUUCUCAGGUGAUGUUGGCCGGAAGGCCCGGCUAGAGGAAGUGAUGGGUUUUGUAAAUGAACACAAGAAUUUGGGUAGUGGGAUGAAAAAUCUUCUAAGGAAAAGGUGCAUGGAUGAGAAGGCAGCAGUGAGGAAAGCUGCUCUUCUUCUGAUUACAAAAUCAACUUCGCUAAUGGGAAAAUCUGUCGAUGAAGUCUUGCUCAAGACGAUGGGCAGGGCUUGCUCUGACCCUCUUGUUAGUAUCAGAAAAAUGGCAAUAAGUGCUUUAUCAGAGGUUUUUAGAAAAUUCACAGAUGGAAGUGUAAUUACUGAAUGGCUUCAGUCUGUUCCAUGUUUGAUAACUGAUAAUGAGUCCAGCAUUCAAGAGGAAUGUGAGAACUUGUUUUUAGAAUUGGUCCUGGACCGGGUGUCCAAAGUUGGAUCAUUGGGUUUGAGUUAUACCAAGAACCAUUAUUCCACUUCAGAAGUAAAGAAAAAAAGUUUAGAAAGAGAAAUUGAUUUGGUUUUUCCUGAAGGAGUGUUGAUACUGCUGAAAGGGAUUUGUGAUGGAGAGGUGACCCCUAAUGUGAAGAAGAUCUGUGUGAGCCUUGGAAAGAAGAAACGUCUCAAGCCUGCCAUUGCCAUCUCACUUCAGAACAUUAUACGGACAUCUGAGUCUCUGUGGUUGAGCCAUUCUAUGCCAAUACAGAAAUGGACUGCUCCUCCUGGUGCAUGGCUUUUGCUAGCUGAGGUAUCAGCCUUCCUGCCAAAAGCCGUAGAUUGGGAGUUUCUCCACCAUCACUGGCAGCUCCUUGACCAGAUAGUCUCAGAAGGGGAGAUUCAUAGCCCACUUGUGCGAGGAGAUGUGGAUGAAGAGGGUAAUUGGAUUGAAUCCAAUCCUGCUGCGUGGGCUUGUGAUCGUGUUUUCCUCUUGCAAACAAUUUCUAAUGUGUCACUGGAGCUACCUCAGGAGCCUGCUGCAAAUUUAGCUCAUAAUUUGCUCAAACGGAUUGAGAAAUUCAACAUGCAUUCCACUGAGGUUAAUGCUCAUGUAAAAGCCCUCAGAACUUUGUGUAAGCAAAAGGCUUUGAACAAGGAGGAGGGUGAUGCACUUGUGUUGAAGUGGGUACAACUUUUGCUUUCUGAAGCAUUGAAAAUUCUUGAAACCUACAUUGAAGGUGCAUCGGAGGCAAACAAACACAAUAUUUUUGUAACACCACCUACAAGUGUGGGUAGGACUGGGAAGAGAAGGGCAACCGCGUCUCGCUCCUUGUUGAAAGCUGUUACAGCUUUAUACACUAUUGGGUCUCUGGUUAUGGUUUGUCCUUCUGCAGAUUUGAAUGGCAUCAUUCCUAUUUUACACACUAUAAUCACUUCAAGGAACUCCGAGCCAAAGCUGAGAAAACUACCUGGACCUACAAUUUCUAUAAAGCAGACAGCCCCUUCACUUUACAUUCAAUCAUGGCUAACUAUGGGGAAGAUCUGUCUUGCUGAUGCCACACUUGCAAAGCGUUAUAUUCCUCUUUUUGUGCAGGAGCUUGAAAAAAGUGACUGUGCAGCCCUUCGCAACAAUAUCAUUGUGAUAAUGGCAGAUUUCUGUGUACAUUACACUGCACUAGUUGAUUGUUAUAUACCAAAGAUCACUAACUGCCUUUGUGAUCCAUGUGAAGUUGUGAGAAGGCAGACAUUUAUUCUGCUUUCAAGAUUGUCACAGAGGGACUAUGUGAAGUGGAGAGGAGUACUCUUUCUUCGAUUUCUUUUGUCACUUGUUGAUGAAUCAGAGAAGAUUAGGCAGCUGGCGGAUUUUCUCUUCGGGAAUAUCUUAAAAGCCAAGGCACCUCUUCUAGCAUAUAACAGUUUUGUGGAAGCCAUCUUUGUCCUGAAUGACUGCCAUGCCCAUUCGGGACAUAGUGAGUCUCAAAGUUCACAAUCUGAUAGGCGACUUUUCUCAAUCCGAGGUCAUGAUGAAAAGUCAAGGUCACAAAGGAUGCAAAUUUACAUUGCUUUGCUGAAACAAAUGGCUCCGGAGCAUCUUUUGGCAACUUCUGCGAAGCUCUGUUCAGAGAUCCUUGCUGCGGCAUCAGAUGGCUUGCUCAAUCUUGAAGAUGUAACAGGACAGGCUGUACUGCAGGAUGCUCUUCAAAUACUUGCAUGUAAAGAGAUGCGCAUCCAGUCCAACCGUGGAUCUGCAACUGACACAACAGAGAUGGACGAGGAAAGUGGAGCAGCCCUGGCUGCUGUCAGAGGGAAGGUGGCCAUACAAGCAGUUAAGAAGAGUUUGAUCCAGAAUGCCAUCCCCAUCUUCAUAGAAUUGAAGAGGCUACUAGAGAGCAAGAACAGUCCUCUCACAGGCUGCCUCAUGGAAUGCCUCCGAGUGCUUCUCAAGGACUACAAGAAUGAGAUUGAAGACAUGUUAAUUGCUGACAAGCAGCUUCAAAAGGAGCUCAUCUAUGACAUUCAGAAGUAUGAAGCAGCCAAGGCCAAGUCUACAGUAGCUGAAGCUGUCUCCACCAUGCAGAGGUCCAAUGGAUAUAGUACACCCACAGGCCAUGCUUAUGCUGUUUCCAAACAUGCUAAUCAAACAGAUGUUCAUGAAAUGUUAGCUGAGAAGUUAGGAAAUGCCCUGAAAGUCUCAUCAGUAAUGGCAGAUAUGGCGGCUGAGGCUACAGCUAGGUCUGUGCUCAGGGAAGUGAAUCAGGGUGUAGCUUCCCCAUCUCUUCAAUCCAUUAGCAUGCCCAAGCUCAAGUCUUCCAGAGUAGGAACAGCUUCUCGAGGGGAUCGUCCUUCAGAUGUAUUGGAAUCUUUGAGGAGAAGACAGUCUUUUGAUUCUGAUGAAGAAAAUUAGUUUGUGUGCCAUUCUGUCCAUGCAAAAGUUGU